AUGACGGUAGACGACAUGAAAGAGGCACAGGACUUGGCAUCCUCCGCGCCAGCGGCGCGUGAGGCGCAUCUCGUCUUGAUUCCUCAGCCUAGUACCCACCCCCGCGACCCCCUGAACUGGUCUACGCGGCGGAAGUACAUUAUCCUAUCGGUGCUUUGCUUAGCUUCGUUCUCGGGCGCUAUUGCGCCCUUGUCUGGGCAAUUGAAUCUCGCAGAUCAAGAGAAGCUGUACCAUAAGACGAAGCUACAGGAGUCCUAUGCGAAUUCGGCUGCCCUGGCCGGUAUGGCCGCAGGGCCAUUCUUCUUCGCGCCCAUCUCCCAUCUUUUGGGUCGCAGCUCGGUCAUAUUCUGGUGUGUGCUCUGCACGCUUGUAUGCCAGGUAUGGGGAGCAGUGAUGACCCACCCGAAUGACUACAUUCCGUACAUUCUCUCCCGGCUGUUCUCUGGGUUCUUCGGUGCAGUGCCGACAGUCUUAGGUCCUCGUGUUGUCACCGACUUGUUCUUCUUGCAUCAGCGUGGUCGUGCUUUUACUGCUUUGCACAUGUCAUUUUUGUUCGGAACGAUUGCUGGCCCAACAUUCUCGGGCUUUAUUUCAGCCGGGGCCUUUUUCCCUGUUGAGUUCUGGUGGACGGUUGGUCUACUUGGAUUCACCCUGAUAUGCUGCUUCCUGUGCCUUGAAGAGACCGGUUUCAACCGUGAAUAUCCUGAGAAGAACCCGGAGGUUCCAAUUUCAUUUGGUGAAAACCGGGUGGCCACUUUCUUCUUUGGCCAUCGAGUCGUGCAGCCGACCACAUGGAAGGAAACGGCAUGUAUAACCAUCCGUUUGGCCAAAAUUGGGAUCACCCCUAUCCUCAUUGGCAUCUGCCCUGUCACUAUUAUUAUGGGCAUCUUCACCCUCAUCUCCUUCGGCUUCUACGUCGGCGUCAAUGCGCUCACCCCUGUCUGGCUCCAGAAGUCCGUCGCCGAGGGUGGCUAUGGUUUCACCCUGAAGCAAAAUGCCGCUUUUACAUUCUGUCACUGGAUCGGCAUCAUUUUCGUCCAGUUCUAUGGGCACUACUUGAAUGACCGCCUCCCUCUCGCUCUUGCGCGUCGCUGGAACAACGGUGCUUGGAAACCUGAGUAUCGCUUGCAUGUCCUCUGGCUCCCUAGUCUGAUUCUCAACCCAAUCGGUCUGGGUAUCUUCGGUGCCGCUCUCCAGUACCACCUUCACUACAUGGUCCUCGCACUAGCAGUGUUUAUCGUGACAAUCGGAUCGCUUGCUAGCGUGCCUGUUACGGUGAAUUAUGUCGUCGAGUGUUUCACCAAGUACCCUGCAGAGGCGGGCAUUGUGAUUGGUGCUUAUCGUAUUGUGUACGGACUCACGAUCAGCUUUUACAUCAAUCCUUGGGUGGAGGCGGUCAAUGUGGGCUGGGUAUACGGGAUGAUGGCAUUCUUUGCGGUGUUCUCAUUCUUCUUUGUGAUGCUCUUGAUGUGGAAGGGGCAUGCCAUCCGCGGGAUUCAAUUUUCAAGUCUUGCGUCGAGUGAGGAAGGUAAAAAGUUGGUGGAGUAG